CCCUCGCCGCUCUCUCCCCCAAACUGUGCCCUAUCCAUCCCAAUCACCAGCGAUGAUGAAUGUCUCCUGCGUGUUCUCCGGCGAGGUUGAGGGCGAGGCCGGCGACAAGAGCUCCGGCACGGCGGACCAAAAAAACGCCUCCGGCGAGGGGAAUGGCGUGACCGCCUACAAGUUCUCCAGCCUGCCAGAGUAUCCGCGCGUGGCGCGCCUUCGUCAUCGGCGCCUCAUGGGCUACCUCUGGUGCCAAGGCUUCGACGACUCCUACAACGAGUACACGCAUCAUCUUCAUAAACGCUUCUCUUCAAAAGGGCUCAUGAACAAGACGCGCGCGUACAUGGACCUGCCGCACCUGCGCGGCCUCAUCGAGGUCGGCCGGUGGGCCGACGCCGUCGAGUACGUAAACAGGUUCCUGCCGCCGGCCACCACCUGUCACAAGAGCUUUGACGCCAUUGUCUUCCGUCACUUCCUUAUGAUGCUCCACGGGUUCGCCGACGCCGCCGCCGGCAAAGACAGGUUGCUGCCCAAGCACUACCUUCAACUGAACCACAAAAGAACCGUCAGCCACGCCGAACUGAGGCUCCGCUCCAUCAAUUUCAGCAUGUCUGUCGACCGUUUCAGGGCCAGCAUGAACUGGCAGAGAAUGCAGAUAAAGGCAUCGUCUCUUGUCUACACGCUGGCUCAUCGCGUUCCAGAGCUGCGAGGCUGCUUCUCGCUGCCGACCACCGGCUUCAACCCGCGCCAUGUACUUCCCAUUGCUUCCGGUUUGAGGAGUCAGAGGCGUUAUGUGAAGCAGAAAAAUACAGGAUCAGAAAAACAAAAGGCUGUCAUCAGGGCCUUGAAGAGACAGUGUCGACGUCGUCAUAUGACUUCAAAAAUUGAGUCGGUUGACGAAGCAAAGGAAUUGCUGUCGGAUCUCCUUGAUGCAACUAUACGAUCUGGCGUACAAAAGUCAUCCUCUGAUAUGAGCCAUCCACUUGAAAAUGAAGGUGCUCAAUUCUUCCAACCCAUGUCUGGUACCUUGACAGAAGCUAAAACCUCUGGGCCAUUGACAACUGCAGGUGCUCAAUUCCUUCAGCCCAUCCCAGGCACCUUCACAGAAGCUAAAACUUCUGGGCCAUCGACAAAUGCAGGCACGAGUAAGCAUGAGGGCGAAGCAGGUUGUCACAGCAUUACUGCUUGCCAGGAUUCAGAUGGGAGAAAGAAUUCAAGGGAUGAACUUGCAACGGCUGAGCAAGACCGUGAUUCAAAACGGCAACGGUCAAAUGGGGCACCUGGUGAAGCAACACUGGUCAUGCCAGGGUAUUGUGCUGUGGAGAAUUUGAGCGCCAAGCCGAGUGGUGGAGAGGCGGCCGCUCUAUGAAGUACCCAUUCUGCUGGAGCGUUUGGCUAUCUUGUUUUGCUGAUCGUUUUACCUGCUGCUUGAGGCCUGCGAGUCACCUGGAACUUAUGACGAUGUUUCUUUAUGAUGCAACUCUGUUACCAACUACUAGUGCUUGUGUUGGGACUAGUUUCGAUCACUUAUACCACUAAAGUAUGUAAGCUGCUCAGUAAUGGGUGAUGCUAUGGUACU